AAGAAGCCCAAGAAAGCGGCGGCGGUGAAGAAGAGCCCCAAGAAGGCGAAGAAGCCGGCGGCUGCAGCGGCCAAGAAAGCGGCCAAGAGCCCCAAGAAAGCCGCCAAGGCCGGGCGCCCCAAGAAGGCGGCCAAGAGCCCGGCCAAGGCAAAGGCCGUGAAGCCCAAAGCGGCCAAGCCCAAGGCAGCCAAACCCAAAGCGGCCAAGGCGAAGAAGGCGGCGCCCAAAAAGAAGUAAAUUGUUCCAGGAGAGUUUUGUUCUGCUUAUUUUGUUAUCCAACGGCUCUUUUAAGAGCCACCCACAUUUUCCCUAAAGGAGCUGAUGCACCGAGAUCGUCCGUAACCUGCAGCAGGGGUCCAGUAAUUCGUAAGUCGUCAAGAGGUCAAUUGUGUCCUGUGUUCUUUGUUUCCUAGGGAUUACCGAAAGAAAUAGUUAAGAACGCGGUAGAGCGCGGCGACUUUAGGGAAGUGUAGACUUUUGUUUUUUCUCCAAGUGAUUACUUUGACUACCAAGAAGCAAUGUUUUAUAAUGAUUUGAUAAAAAAUCGGAUGUACGUUUUUGUAAAGAUAUAUUUUGUAACAAAAUAAUGCAAUUGCAAGGCACGCUACUACUGAGCCAUGUUUAAUCUAUUAUUUCUUUUUAAGUAUCUCCGUAAAUGCCUUUGUCUCUUUGGGGGGGAGGAGGGGAGGGUUUCUUUACGGACACAAAAAUAGCCCUGAUCUCUGCCAAUCCUUUUGUUCCUGAUGAGAAAGAAAGCUUUAAGUAUUGAAAAAGCCCGCCCUGCCCAAGGAUUGGCCAGCGGAAAUCCCGGGCCCGCUGCCCUUCCCCCUCCCUUCCCCGAAGACGAUUCCGCCUCCUAUCUCUGGAACUGCAGCAGCCACUUUAAGAGGCGGAAAAGGGAGGUGGGACGGGAUCUCUCAACGAAUCGUGUCCGUACGUUCUCGGACGUAAGACCUAAACGGAAAACAGCCCGUACCAGGAAGAACUUGCACGGAGAGGAGGACGUUUUGGCAAGACUUUGUUUUGUUGUCACAAACAUGGAAAACGUUGCUACUUUAUCCAACCAAAAAUAAAAAAUAAAUUGAAAUAAGAAUUGAGUAGUUAAUGCAAAACGACA